AUGGGAAAUGCGGAUACAAAGCUUAAUUUCAGAAAAGCUGUUGUGCAGCUGACGUCGAAAACUCAGCUGAUAGAUGCAGAGGAUGACACAUUUUGGGAUCAAUUCUGGUCUGAAAAUGUUUCGAAUGUUCAGGAUAUCUUUACUCUGAUUCCUGCACCUGAAAUUCGAAUCUUAAGGGAAGAGGCACCUUCAAAUUUAGCUACGUUAUGCUACAAAGCCGUUGAAAAGCUGGUGAAGGCUGUAGAUAACAGUUGUCGUACACAGAGGGAACAUCAGACAGUACUUAAUUGCUGCCGUCUAUUAACGCGGCUGUUGCCUUAUAUCUUCGAGGACCCGGAUUGGAAGGGAUUCUUUUGGUCGAGCUUACCGGGCAGAGAGGAUGACGAAUGCGUACCAUUGGCUCACUCUCUCCUUAAUGCGAUUUGUGAUUUAUUAUUUUGCCCUGACUUUACGGUUGCCGUUAACAGGAAAUCUGGCCCGGAUAAAGCAGAGGAAUUGCAAUCAAUUGAUAGUUGUGAAUAUAUAUGGGAGGCUGGUGUGGGAUUCGCACAUUCACCACCGAUGCAUCUAGAUCAUAAUUCAAACAGGACAGAGUUACUAAAACUUUUAUUGACUUGUUUUAGCGAGACUAUGUAUAAUCCUCCCACAGAUCUAUCUGUUUCACCUAAUAGAUGGAUUCAGCAUCUCACGAGUACUGAAAAUAGACAUGCUCUACCAAUGUUUACAUCCUUACUGAACACAGUUUGUGCAUACGACCCAGUUGGUUUUGGAGUACCAUAUAAUCACCUCUUAUUCGCCGACUCCUCAGAACCAUUGGUCGAUGUUUCAUUGCAGAUUUUAAUAGUUACUUUAGACCAUGAUACCAGUGGGGGAGGGCCCACGGAAGAAGGGGCUGCAGGAGACAAUCUGUUCAUUAAUUAUUUAAGUCGCAUACACCGGGAUGAAGAUUUCCAAUUUGUACUAAGGGGAAUCACCAGGUUACUUAAUAAUCCCUUAAUGCAAACGUAUCUACCGAAUUCAAUGAAAAAGGUUCAUUUUCAUCAGGAGUUGCUUGUAUUCUUUUGGAAAAUGUGCGAUUAUAACAAGAAAUUCCUUUACUAUGUACUCAAGAGUUCGGAUGUUCUCGAAGUGCUCGUACCCAUUUUGUAUCACCUCAAUGAUUCCAGAGCUGAUCAGUCACGGGUUGGCUUGAUGCACAUUGGAAUAUUUAUUCUCCUUCUCCUGAGUGGUGAACGUAAUUUUGGAGUCCGACUGAAUAAACCCUACACCGCAUUCACCCCAAUGGACAUUCCAGUAUUUACAGGCACUCAUGCCGAUCUGUUGGUCACCGUCUUUCACAAGAUUAUUACGACUGGUCAUCAAAGACUGCAACCCCUCUUCGAUUGCUUGCUGACCAUCCUUGUCAAUGUUUCACCUUAUUUGAAGACCUUGUCAAUGGUUGCCAGUACGAAAUUGCUGCACCUCCUGGAAGCUUUCAGUACACCAUGGUUUUUAUUCUCCUCCCCCACGAACUACCACUUGGUUUUCUUCCUUCUUGAAAUGUUUAAUAACAUAAUUCAGUACCAAUUUGAUGGUAACAGCAAUCUCGUAUAUACCAUAAUACGAAAGAGGCAAGUGUUCCAUGCUGUAGCUAAUUUGCCCAGCGACUGCAACACGAUCGCUAAGUCUUUAAGCAAGCGACAGAGAAAAUCCAUCUCAGCUAGCACGUCGAACGAAAACGUUAAUGAAAUCGUUAUGGAAGGAUCUCAUCCAGCACAGCCUGCAGAGCCCGGUACCCUGAAAGCUUCAUUGCUAGAAACACCAGGCAUCGAGAAGAUGACUGAGAAGGAAUCUGCUCAUCCACUGAGCCCAUCCGUUGAGAUCGAAGUAGGUAAAGCAACAGUCAGCAGCAAUCGACAAGGUGGUGGCAAUGCACAAGACGAUCUCUUGAGUACGAAUAAAAGGAGUACUGUGAUUCAGAAAGGUGGAAUUCGCGUAGCAGAGCAAUCUGUAUCAUCGAGUGGAGUAAAUCAAUGGGUUCCUUCAAGCGAAUGGGUUCAUCAGUGGAAAAGCAAACUCCCAUUACAGACCAUUAUGAGAUUACUCCAAGUUCUUGUACCUCAAGUGGAGAAAAUUUGUAUCGAUAAAGGUCUGACUGAUGACAGUGAAAUCUUGAAGUUCUUGCAGCAUGGCACAUUGGUAGGAUUGUUGCCAGUGCCUCAUCCGAUCCUCAUUCGAAGGUAUCAAGCUAAUGCUGGGACCACUGCUUGGUUCCGCACUUACAUGUGGGGAGUGAUAUAUUUGAGGAACGUAGAGCCACCAAUUUGGUAUGACACCGAUGUUAAACUAUUUGAGAUACAGAGGGUCUAAAGUUAUGUCCAUUAGGAUCACUGAAAUCCCAUCAUCAUCAUGAUCAUUGAAUUAAAGAGUCCUUGAUUGACAUAUACUUCACCAAGAUGAAAUCUGUUGCAAUCAGGACUCAGUGUGAACAAGAUUACGCAAUGUAAGAGACGAUGACAAAAUCAUCUUUUUCGACAGAAGUGACGUUUACAAAUAGGACAAGAAUAAUGCAGAUUGAAAAGGGCAUGAUAAAUAGAGCGGGACUUUUAACGUUGUUCAGAGAGUUUUUUGAUGUUACAGAAAGUAGAGAAUCCACCAAGGUAUCUAAGGUUAAGCGGUUAGAAUUGUCAUAACACGUGUGGUAUGGUAUACGUACGAAAUACGUAUAUGGAAUACGAUUGGAAAAAAUUGUUUACAGUGAUCGAAGAAAGGCAAAGGUUAUUUUACUACACUUAGGGCUAACUUAAUGGAAUCUCAAUAGAAUGCCCAAUGUCAAUGGCUUUUGUACUUUGCCAUGCCUCUUUAUAUGGAAACCCAUUUUUAUCUGGAUUAAAAUGUUGCACCGAUUAUUGGCUUGAAAGUACUGCAGGAAUAGGUUCAUCUGUACUCGAUGAAUGCUCUUGCAAUGCAUACGAGAUAUUCAUCUAUUUAUUGCAAUUAUAUAAGUAUACAGAUAAAGUAUGUAUAUAUAUAUAGGAAUAUAUUCUCCUUCAUGUUUCAUUGUUGUUAACGGAAUUGCCUUUUUGUUAACAAUGUGUCAGUUACGAGAUCUGUAUUUUACUUUAUCAACUUUUAGUAUUACAGAUGUACGUAAAUUCAUAGACGUCAAAGUGUAGAUACCUUGUUUCUGGAGACAUUUCCGAGAAACUCAUCUUGAUUCCAUUAACUUGAUCUCUGGAAGUGUAAUAUUUUUUUUGCAAAUGUUUCAAUUUGAAUAGUAAUUUAUUAUUAGCCCAUUGCCAAAUAAGCCAAUUAUUCGUUACACAUAGAUGUGUAUUUAUUAAGAAACAUUCAUCGAUUACUCGUGCGCCUAUUCUUAGGAUGUUCGAGAUGAUUGAUUCUUGGAUCGCUAGUGCAGUUGAAGCUCGUCAAAUGAUAAGAUAAGUUAAUGUAAAAAUGGAGUAUUUAUUAUUAUGUACUGUACCCGUACGGCAGUAAGUGCGCAGUGUGUAUACGCGGCGGGUCUCUUGUAUCGGAGAGAGAGAUAUAUAUUACAUCUUUUUGGCCAAUAAAGCUUGGCAUUGAAAAGAGAUUAGGCGCCAGUGUUUAAGCACUACGCUUAUCGCAAUUCUGUAUGACUUCUUAUCCAGUGCAUGUACGUGUCAAGAGUGUGGCUGCAUCGGUGACAUGAGAGCGAUCCCUCAUUCGCCGAGGGGUAAAAUUGUCAUAAUAAAAAAUUGAACGAAUCUAAAUACAUACGCGUCCGUGCUUAUGCAGACUUGAAUUGUAAAGUCUUGCGGAAAUUGUUCUGUAAUUCCCGCUACUGUUCUAAUAAACCGAUCAUUCCACUCUU